AUGACGGACUCUAGUAGAUAUGACUUUCUUAUCAUGCCCACGACAGGACUGUGUAGUGUCGUCCCUCAAUACUAAAUGCUUUUUCUCGUCACUGUCAUUAUUAGCUGCCGAUUUUUUUUCCAUGGUUAAUACUUGAUACCUGCAUUUUUUGAGUCAUAUUGUUGUGGCAUGUGCUUCUGAAAGAAAGUACAAUGAUUUUGGCUAUUGGCUUAUAUUGUCUCCUUUGUGGGGUCCAAAUUUAUACACUCUUCAUCUAAUUGAUUUUUUGAACUAUAUUAGAGCUGCGUAUGCUUGAUGAUUGAAUGUCAUGUAUUGAUGAACCUAAUCUUUGCAAGGUUAAGAUACUGAAGGCUGAUGUUUGAUUGAGGUAUUAUUCUAAAUAGAAGACAUACAUGAUCAGCCUGUCAAGACCAGCUCCAUUCAAUUGGCCUUCGCUGAACAACUCAGUUUCAGCAUCACAGAUCUUGUUUUCAUGACAAAGAGUCAUGGGACCAAUUUUUUAUUGGAUUUUCUUUUCAUUAGAGAUCUAGCGUAUACUAUUGCAUAGAACAUACACGCAAUGACGUAUUCCUGAUGUAGCGGAAUAUUGGUAACUGUGUUGGGAUUGCUAGUGGAUACUCAUAGGUGAUUGAAAAAUAUGGCGGGCUGUCUUACACGCAACCUCUUGGGCUCUUUAGAAUGAGAAGAAUUGUUGAAUUUUUUGACAAGAACUAAUCAACUAUCUGCUGUUUUGAUGGAAUCGGUUGUCGUAACAUCAUCAACGGUACAAGGAACUAAAAACAUAUUCCACUUCAUUGUCAACUCUUCUAUGCUCUUGUAUGCUAAAUGAUAGAGAUUAUCAAGUUAUUGAAGGGGAAAAGUUCGUUUCAUAUGUCCUAUAAUUUAAAGAAUCGUAAAGGAGUAUAAUGUAGAGAUUGUAAACAGGUUCUGAAGCGUUAUAUCCGUUUAUGCAUUUGGUUUCUUGCUCUAUUUAGCGUUAUUCGUGAAUAUCUAGGAGUAACAUAUUGCAUUUUUUGAUUUAAAUAGCGAGUUCUUGGAAUUGGAAGCAGCAAUCACACCCAAUGUUCAGUAGAAAAUAGGCAAACUGCUUAGCCUUCCAAAAAAUUGAAUUGAGACCGCCAUUUGAUGUUUAUUACAUGCAUGCACUUCCAUACUCUCAUUUGUGCUUUUUUUUUUCUUUUCCGCAGAUUUUUUGUUUUUUGGCUGAAAGAAUUGCCAAAUUGGAUAGAAAUCCUAAAUUGCCAUCUGUGAUUUUUUCUCGUUUAUUUUUUGAGAAUCUGACUCUUUCAGUGAUCAUAAACAGAUAUCGAGCAGAUACUAGUAGAAGCUCAACAUCGAUGGUUACGGCCAGCUGAAAUUUGUGAAAUUCUUCGAAAUUAUAGAAAUUUUCGCAUCGCCCCGGAGCCUCCAAACAGACCUCACAGUACGACUCCAAUUUGUUUUCUUGUAUAACAUUUGAAGAUCAAUAACCUGUCUUUCCUUCAAUUUUAAAUCUUGAACUCUUUGAGGUAAGCUUAUUGUGUCCAAUUGCUUGUGUUGUACGCUUAUCCAAAUGCAUUCAUGGGAAUCCAUUCUCUUCCUCUGAAAGUUAGUCUGGUGCACUGUUUAGAUUUAGCCGUAAAUCCUAAUGUGGUGGAAAAUUCUUUGACAGGAUAAUGAUUUUUCACUUCGUGACCUUAUACCUUAUAUCUUCUUUGGUUUUAGUGCCCGGAAUCAAAUGGUACAUAAAAUAGAUAAAUGAUUUGACAUUAUAUAUGCAAGAAAAUAGCUUUGAUUAGUUAAACGAUAGAUUGUUUGAGGAUACUCUAUGAUAAAUUCAUUAUCUGCAUUUUUACAUGAUUUGAAGCAGGAACAUGUUGACGCUCUUGUGAUUCCUGUAUAAACUUUAUUCGAUUAUCUGAGUGAGAUUUCAUAUCCUCUUUUUUGAGGGAUACGAACGUGAUUUUCUUAGAAUAGUUGUUUGUUUAGAAUUUCUUACGAUUUCCUUUCAUCCAUUCAAGAGAAGAAGUAAUCCUACACCCUAAUCAACUCCCCUUUUUUAUUUGAGAAAACCUUGGAUUUCUUUUUUGUACAAGGAUCCUAUCUCUUUAAAAAGCAAGGAUCUCCACUUUGUCAGAGAGAGCUACAAAUUUUGCUGAUGCCUUUUGAACUUAGUUCGCUGAAUUAGCUGAUUUGGAUCGGAAUUGGGAGGAAGUUUGGUUGAUCCAAUCCAAGUUGAUAUUGCACACUGUUGGUGGCAUCCAACAGUAUUUGUAUUUUUAAUUCAAUUCCAAGUUGAUGUAUUUUGGGCCUUUUGACAAAAGCAGUGAUCCCUCCCUUUUUUGUUGUGCGGGAAGAGUAGAUGAAUAAACAUUGUGCUACAUGCUUAUGUUGGAUUUCUAGAUCUCGUAUUGUGGGGAGAAUAUUGUAAUAGCCUGCAGUUAUAUUGGAAAUAUUGCAUAGGGUUCUCACCCUAUAUAAUGGGUGAUAAAUGGCAAUGAAAGAUGAUAUGGUUUUCCUCUGGGAGAGAGAAAAGUUCCUUGUCCAUACCGUCCGUUUUCCUCUCUUUGUUUCGACAAUUUAGAUUAUGGAUGUCUUUUGAUCUUUUAUCUAUUUGGUGGAAGCACAUCUCGGUUCUUUUGUCCAUCUUUUUUUAUGUUGGUUGGGUUUUUAUUUGUAAUGGUGAAUUAAAAUGCUUGAGGGAUAGAGAUGGCAAACUAAAUAGCGAAAAGAAGAAGCAGAAGAGGGCAAAUCGAGGUUUCAAAGAGUAGAGAUGGUAAACCAAACGUGUUGGCAGGACAAUUACUUUUCUAUCACGCCAUCAACAACAUUGCCCUCACAAUGAUCGGCUUCUCUCUUAUUUAUAAAUUUAUACAUCCUAGAUUGAGUCACUUCACUCCCUAAGGAGCUAGCUAGUUUGAUCUGAUUUACUGUCAUCAGUUCAAUAGUAGUGAUUAAUGUCCUAUAUACUGAUUUAUAUUAUUAAAAUACACCAAUAUUGAAUUAAACAAUGGAAUUUUGUUUGCUAAAUAUAUAUGCCUACCGUACUUACUAUCAACAUGGUUUCAAGUUCGAUGAUCCAAUUCUUUUACUUGCUGUCAAAACUCCAGACUCUCUAAGGUUCCACACGCUAUCUCUAUUGUCUGUGUGCUAGAUUCUUGAAAAAAGUGAGGGAGUGUGCUACAAAAGUCUCAUGUUGAAUGGGUGGACGAAAUUCUGCAGUUGAAAUAUAUGAGUAACUCCCUUUAUUGCCAAACGUUUUUUGGUUGAAUGAUUUGUUAAGCAUUAAGAUAAAUCUCACUAGUCAUAAAUGAUUUUUCAAAAGAUGACACUGACUAGACUCAUAUAACCAGUGCUACUAAUUAGUGUUAUGCUUUAAGGUGCCUAUUUUCAUUCCUCCCUCUUGAUUCUCGAUUUGCAAAAUGAUGUUCUGGAAUAAUACCCAAAUAGCUCUGAAUUUUUUGAUCAAAUGAUUUUGUACGGCUUGCUUCUCCUGCAGUUUUCCUCUUGCUAAUUCCUUGAAAAUGUUUUGCCUUGGCUUUCCCAGCUUUUCAUCUUUGUAUUGUUCCUUGUACCUUGCUUUUUAACCAGAUAAUUUUUUUAAUAUGACAUGCAUAAUAUUCUCUCUGCACACAAUAACCCAGAGAGAAAGAUAGUGGAUAAACCUGUGCGCUUUAUUGCAAUGUUGAAUAUUCUCGUCUCCUGUUCAUCACAUCAGAAGUGCUCAUCGUAUAACCUGACCUCAGAUGCUUCAUUUGUUCAGGUGGUUCACUUUUUCUUUUUGACCGGAAGGUACUAAGGUAUUUUAGAAGGGAUGGGCACAACUGGCGGAAAAAAAAGGAUGGAAAGACAGUAAAGGAAGCUCAUGAGAGGCUAAAAGUAAGGCCACUGUAAAUGUAAUAUCAUUUCGCUCUUUCUCGCGUGCCUUUAUGAGGCAUUCUUUUAGUGAAAAUGUGGCUUAUCGGGCAUAAAAAAGGAUAAGAGUCUGAGCGCAAAUGACUUUUUUCCUUUUUUGUAAUAUCAUUUGAGAUUGUUUCUUCCCUAACAGAACUCAGCUAUGCACCACUGGGUAUGUGUCUUAGCGCAAAUGGCUUUUAGUAAUAUCAUUUGAGAUUGUUUCUUCCCUAACAUAACUCAGCUAUGCACCACUGGGCAUGUGUCAAGUACAUGCCUUGAUGCAGGCUAUUUACCUGCAUGUUGGUUUGCUUAUUUGGCUGAUGUGGGAAAUAUUUCAUGUUUGACGGAUUAGAGUCUUCGACUAUGGAACUUUCAAGUUUUUUCUUUUUGGGCAUGUGCUUUUACUAUCCCUUUUAGGCUUCGUUUAUUUAUGUCCUAUUUUAACAGUCUUAGAUUGACGAAAAGUAUUAUUUGUAGGUUGGAAGUGUUGAUGUAUUACACUGCUACUAUGCUCAUGGUGAAGAGAGUGAAAAUUUUCAGAGACGGAGCUAUUGGUUAUUAGAAGAGUAAGAUGAUGUUCUCAUUUUCUAGAAUAUUACUCUAAUUGUAAACCUAUCAAUCAACAUUAUCUUGAGAAUCUGGUGUAAUGUUUAAAUGAAUAAUAAUAGGUAAGUUGACUGCCACUGGAUCAUAUUGGAAACUAAAAGGUGAAAAAACCAAGUCGGAUUAUACCUACUGGGUUGGGAGCUGCCUUGAUUUAGCUGUGAUAUGUGCUAGCAUUUAUGUGUACAUGAAACACUUUCUGAAAUAAUUCAUUCCCUUUAUAACCUUUAACUACUGACUUGGCCGAUCAUGACUCAGCAAGUUGCGAACUGUAGCAGGGUUGAUUAUCUGCAUGCAAUUUUCCGGCUAUGCUUAUGGAUAGUCUUUACGCUGUGUUCGGUUUAUGUGAGGAGGAAGGGGAAUCGUUAGGGUAUGUUCCUUGGGUGUUCAAUUUCUCAACAUACAAUUGGUAUACAAGGAGAUUUGGUGGAUUUUACAGUACAGUAGGUUUGCAGCUGCACACAUUAGGACGUCCUGCCAUAGAACAUUAGGUCUAUACUUUAGGGUACAAAAAAAACCCUACAGACAAGGAGUUUUCUGUCAUAAAAAACGUUUUUUCUUAGUCCAAUAAUCCAGAGAGUUGCAUAUAAGAUAUGCCACGCUGAAUUCUUUUCUCAGUCAGAGCUAAUUCCACAUUAAUCAUUACUCAUCUUGCUGGUUUAGGUGCUGCCAUCGUAUACCUACAUUCACCCCAUCUCUUUGGAGAAUGAAUAUGCAAGGAAAAAAUACUCUGUAAAUUGAACUCCACAUUGCCAGAUACUGUUUCGAGUUUCCCUUCCUUUGGAGUAUUGAAUGAAUUUAUAAUAUCUAUCCUAUCAUUUCUUUCGUUGUAUCCAGUACUCUUUACAUAUUUCCAAGGACCAUGUCUAUUACCGAUAUCUAAACAUUGUGAACGCGCCAUAUGGGGUGAGUUUUGAAGUAGAUAUCAUCAAAAUGAGAUAUAUACAUCAAAGUUGCUACUAGGGAAUUUUUGGAACUGCUUUUGGUUCAUUUGUGUGAUAAAAGGAUACUUAUCAUCUUUUUUAUCUCAUUCAUUUUUUGUUAUUGGUACAGGGAUUUUAUGCACAUUGUUCUGGUUCACUAUCGUGAAGUUCAGGUCAUGCGUUUUCGCACUGAAGCAACUAUUUUUGGUUAUCUGGGAUAUAUAUCGAUAUUCUUGUCCAGUCUUUUUUAUACAACUCUAUUUUGAUCAUGAUUUAUGAUUUACUCUAUGAAGUCGUCCAAAAUUUCUGUUCUGAAUGUGGGCUAGAUAUCAAUUAUCUCCUUACUAGGUGAAUAUAUCUUGUGCUUCUGGUAGCUCGAGGAGAGUAGAUUCUUACCUUGAUUGGCACUCAGCUGUUUAGGAUUUUUGUUACCGUCACUUGCAAUUAUGAACUGAAGGGUCAUUGAUAAUGGUUUUCAUCAAGAGAGAACUGGGUUAGAAAAACCUGAGUUUCAAAUAGUGCUAUGGUCAUACAGAAAAUAAUAAAAAUGGUUGUGUCAAGAGAAGAAUUAUAUUUUAAAAUCCUAUCUUGAUCAGAUUGGUGAAAAUACCUUUGUUGAUGUAAUUGGGGUACGGACUUCAAUUAAAGUAUGCCCCUUUAUGGGCUCUCAUUGUAACAUCUCUGGUUCUGAAUCCUAUUCAAAUCUAUCUGUAUGUCUAGUGGGUUGAAAGACCGUUUUGCUUCUGGCGAUCACAGAUAUUGUGAGUUUCGUAUGAUCUGAAGUUAUGUUUAAAUCUAGGCAAUCCAAUGUUCUGAGAGUAUCAACUGUCACCUGGGUGCACAUACCAUCCGAUUCCAAUUUUUGGUGGACGAUUCUGAUCAACAUUAUGAGUCGGUCUAGUGCGAAUCUGAUGUCUCAGUGUAACUUGAAAAAGAAAAGGGAUUUUCAGAAGGGUGGACUGAGCUAACUUGGAUUGUCUCUCUAGGAAUAUGUUAUCACUCUUUUAGCAGAAAGAAGAAGUGGGAGGAGGAAGUUGCUGUAAGGACAGUGAAAAGAAAAAAAAAAAAAAAAAACACAGGGUCUUAGUAUUGUGCUGGGUUCAGUUCGGCUAAUGAAGGUUCUGUACUUCGAAAUUAUCUUUUAGUUAUGCUCUUUUAUAAUAAGUUUUUUAUUAUUAUUAACAUUUGAAGUGUAGUAACAUUUGUUGUUACUUUUCUUGGAUUGCCCUUUUCCCAGAGCCUACCAAUUUGGUCGACCUGAUCAUGAUCGGGAUCAAAUUGGAUCUUCCCAAUCUGUUAGCCUAAUCUUGUUUCCAGAACAGUCAUUGAUUUGGCGCGUCCAAUUAGAAUUUGAUUCCACCAGCCUUUUCUCCCAGCAUUCACCCCUUGUGAUUUCCCUGAGUUUUACCCUGUUGUGCAAAUUUUAAUUUUCAUUACAUGGUGAAUAAAGUGUCUAUAACGAAACAUAAUAUGAUAUACAUUUUUAGUGACAAAGUACUUACAAAAGGAUUAUUGUGGAUUACCUGCAGCCAUGUCCGGCCACUGUGGCCUGUGUGGCCUUAGGAUGUUGUGAUGGUGGCUAUGGAAGUCACCCGCUAUGAUGGUGGACAUUGUGUUUUGAAAACUAGUUUCAAAAUAUGUUCAUUACAAAUGAUUUAUAAUUUUUAUAAAAGGUUUCUCUUACAAAGUAUAACUAUUGGAGAUUUAGUGUUAUGAGUUUACUUUGGAUACUCUAUGAAUAAUACCAAGUUGCUAGUGUUUGCAAAAGUUUUGUCCAUGAAGAGGCUUAAUUGGCGAAAAGUCAUGUCUUCACUGUCCACUUUUCAACUUUUCUUGUUCAAAUGACCAGCUCUUGAGUUCGUUGAAUUCAUCCAUCUUUUGUAUCUUAAAUACUUUAUGCAGUUACUGCAUUGUGGAUGUUUUACAUGAUACAUUCGUUCAUUAGUUGACACAAAUUUUCUGCUUACAGGGUGGUAAAGCCAGCUUUGGUCGCAAUAGAGACAGUGAUGAAAGCUCACAGAGUGCUUUAAUGGAAACUCCUGUUUCUUCUAAUUCCUUAUCGAAUCCUAACCAAAUGCGCUCACAAAUCACAGAUGUUGAGAGCCUAGGCAGUGCGCACGCGUCUGAAUUUGAGGAUGCUGAGUCUGGUAUGUAAUUUACUCUCUCUUUACCACUAUGCUUCGCAUCAUCUUAGCAGAACAACGACAUAAAACAUAAUAAAUUACUCAUUAAAAAAAUGUCUGCACUGAAGAUAGAUUUUACUGAUUCAUAUUUCCGAUUAUGCACCUUUCUUUCAGUGUAUCUAAAGCGAAAUUCGAUGCAGCAGAUAAUUAUCAAGCAAGCUCCAGAUACCACCCUUACACUGAGUCUCAAGAGUCAGAGAAGCCUGUGAUAGAUGCUUCCAUCCUGAAUCCGUAUUUUCCGGUUCCUUAUUCAAAUACCGAAGGUGGCGAGUAUUUUUUUCUUCAAAUUAUUUGUAUUUCAUUUUACUCCCUUGCGUGGUAAAUCAGAUUUAAUUUGAUAGGUCUUCUUUAUUUAUCCUGCUGCAGGUUGCUACCCUGGAGCCUCAUCUGGAUCUAAUUAUUUACCAGUUACUCCAGAGGGAAUGACUAGGGUUUUCAAUGGACUGGGAUCUGGGUUUGGCUCUCAAACACCAGAUGACUUAUCAUCGUGGGAUAAGGUCUUGGAACAUUGCACGACAGCAUUUCCUACUGUCUCAUUCCCAGCAACAACAACGACAUUUACAGAACCUUAUCACGUGGAAGGGAGUGUUGACCGUGAACCUUCAAGGCUUGGGGAAACCGCCGUAUAUGCAGAUGAUCUAAAUAAAGACGUUAUUGGCUCUUCUAAGUUUGAUGAAAACUGUCAGGUAACCUAUCAUCAAUUUGAAAAUAAUUUGUAAAUCUUGGGCUGCUGAGAUGUAUUAGCUGUGAAAACUCAGAAAGCCACCAUGACAAUUGCCAAUAAAUCGUUGACCAACUUAUCCAAUCGUUAGGAUCAUGCCAGAUGAAAAUUACCUUACGGGCAAGGUUGCUGGAUUGAACGAGUGCUAUUUAAGGAUGCAAUGAAAGAUAGCGCUUGGCAGAUAAUAUCAAAGAGUUACCAUUAGUGUAGUUUUUUGGUUCCCUUGUGCACUAUGGUCAUGGUUAGCACCUAGAAAUGAUGGGAAACUAUAAUCUACUGCUGCAUGUUGCACUGAAAAUCCCGUUAUCUCUGAGCAAUCUGUCUAGCAUGUCUUGGUCUGCGUUUUGGGGAGUGGCAUUAAGUAACAUCUAGAAAUUCUUGGUUUUUAGGAGGCCUUGUUUUCAGCUAGUCGUUUUGGUAAAACCCCUAUGCACUGAUAUUUAAAAUAUCUGAGGAUGUGAUUCAUUGGUCAGCAUUUACCAUUAUUCAUUAUGUUAAAGUUUUAUUCAGUGAAUUUGGUGCUCUAAUGCUAGAUUUGAUGUCUAAGUUAUUUGUAACCAUUGUCAUGUUUCAUUGUUUCGCAUGUCACAUAAUUUAGUUACAUCCUUAUUCUUUUAACUACUGGAUUUGAAGAAUAUAGCACUCAACUUAUCAGAUAGUAUCAUCUAAAAAGUGAAUCUCACUUAAACUCUCUCGCAGGUGCCUAGUUAUGAAGCGAGCUCUGUUUUGAAAUCGAAUGUGGAUGCAAAAAGUGCUCCAUCUAAAGCAGGAUGCGGCAAGUACUCCCUUCUAAAGCAGUUGUCAAUGGAAAUCUCCAGUAGUGAAAAUGAUGGUGGCUUAAGGAAAUGUGAUAGCUUCUGUCGAUGGAUGAGCAAAGAACUAGGAGAAGUAGAUGACUCGCAAAUGCAAAUGAACUCCGCCCACUACUGGAGCCCGGUUGAAGGUGAAAACGCGGUUGAGGACUCUGGGAUGCCACACAGUGACGACAUGUACUUGUUAAGCCCCUCGCUUUCCCAAGAUCAGCUUUUCAGCAUUAUUGAUUUUUCACCCCAUUGGGGUUAUGCAGGCUUAGAAACCAAGGUAUUCAUGAUUUUAGCACUUCACAUCACUCUCUAUCUGAAGGCGUUUUAAGACACCAAUUGAAACUGGCAUCUUAUCAUUUGAUUUUAAUGGGCGUUGACAUCCUUAAACAUGAUUAGUUCUGACGAAAAUUUUAUUUUAUUUCUGAUUAUAUAACAGAUUCUAGUUACGGGCUCAUUCUUGACGGACAAAAUUGAUGUGGACAAGUGUAAAUGGUCGUGUAUGUUUGGGGAAGUGGAAGUUCCUGCUCAAAUUGUAGCAGAUGGCGUUCUUCGUUGCCAUGCUCCACUACAUAAACCUGGAAGGGUCCAUUUCUAUGUGACUUGUUCUAACAGGUUAGCUUGUAGCGAAAUCCGGGAAUUUGAAUAUCGUGUCAGCUGCCCUCAAUAUAUGGAGAUUUCAGAUUCUUAUGGGGGCUCUGCAAGUGAUUAUCAACUUCAUAUUCGCCUUGAAAAGCUUUUAUCUAUUGAAUUUGAUGAUAUUCAAAAGUCUGUUUCUGGUUUAAGUGGUGCGAAACUUCAUUUAAGCAGUAAAGUUAGCUCGCUGCUUAGAGAAAAUGAUGACGAUUGGUCCAGCAUAUUAAAUCCUCCAAGCAAUAAGGAGUUUCAUUCUGGCAAAGCAAGCGAUCAAUUCCUCGAGAAGCUACUGAAACCGAAGUUGCGUGCAUGGCUUCUCUACAAAAUAGCUGAUGAAGGAAAGGGUCCAAAUGUUUUAGAUGAAGAGGGACAGGGCGUGCUUCAUUUGGCUUCUGCUCUUGGCUAUGAUUGGGCUAUAGCGCCAACUGUGGCUGCUGGUGUGAGUAUCGACUUUCGUGAUGUGCAUGGGUGGACUGCUCUACACUGGGCAGCAUCUUGUGGCAGGUAAGAGCUUUUGGGAUGCAUAUCUUUCAGUUGUGGCACAUCUCAUAUCUUAAUGAUCUAAAGACAAUUUUGGGUUUGAUUUGGCCCUUGUAAUUUCAGGGAAAGGACGGUUGUUUCUCUUUUUACUUUGGAUGCAGCCCCUGGUGCAUUAACUGAUCCGACUCCAAAGUUUCCAAGUGGAAGAACACCUGCUGAUCUGGCUUCUGUCAAUGGACACAAAGGGAUCGCUGGUUUUCUUGCUGAAUCUUCUUUGACCAAACAUCUUUCGAUCCUCACUUUGAAGGAUAUGGGCACCAGCAGUGUCACGGAGGCAUCCAGCUUGGAAGCUUUUGAAGAUGUUGCAAGGACCGCCGCACAGACUAUCGAUAGGAAUAUGCAGGCUGGAUUGAGUGCCAUCCGUAAAGCUGCCCAGGCUCAUGCCCGCAUUCACCAAGCUUUCAGGAUCGAUUCAUUCCAUAGGAAGAAGCUUUCGGAGCUUGCUGAUGACAAGUUCGGAAUGUCAGACGAGGAUGCUCUUUCACAUGUAUCUAUUAAGACAAACAAAUCUGGUCCGAGUGAUGAGCCUGUGGCUGCUGCAAUAAGAAUUCAGAACAAGUUUCGAGGCUGGAAGGGUAGAAAAGAGUUCUUGAUAACCCGUCAACGGAUAAUUAAGAUACAGGUACACAUUCCUAUCUUGACAUUUUCUGAAUUGCACACACACACACACACAACACACACAUGUUUAUCCUGGAAAUCCUUUGAGGUUAUCUGUCAUUUCUGGGUUUCAUACCUGUCUACAACUUUCUCUCGAAAGCUGUGGAUGUCAACAAUCAGGCCUAUUUUUAUUUUUAUUUUUACUGAGAAUGCACAGAAACCUGUUCAAAGUUAGACAUUUGUUUUCUUUCACGGAGAUAUAACCAGGGUGAGGCAUUUAAUUUAUUUUUUUUGUAAAAAUUAUCUUCACCGAAAAGCAGCUGAAAGUAGUAUUUAUGCGACGUCAGCUAAUUUAGAAACCAAUAUAAUGCCAAUUUGGAAGCUGGAGCUUUCCCUUAAAAGAUUAGCAAAGAUUACUUCUUCAAAAUCGCAGCACUCACCCUAUGAAAUGCCUUGCAAAAAGCAUACCUUAUGUGGAUGAAAGCUCAUUGUGAGCGAUGAAAGAACCAGUUCUUAGCUUGCGGAUUUGACUCCAAAACAUGAGUGAACAUCGUGGGAAUUAUCAAGGGAAGAAUUUCUUUACUGUUAGGAGGUCCCAGGCUAUCUGCUGGUGGAGGCGAGGCUGAAGACCAGGCAAACACCGAAUAAGCGGUUUAAACUCGAAACUUGAUCUUCAACUGAAUGCCAAAAAUGCCGUGAUUUCCAGAAAUAGGCAGAUGUAUGCUCCUGGGUAGAGGAUCUAUGGAUUGUUGAUUUGCAGACCUUGAACUUCGACUGAAUGCCAAGAGUGCUGUGAUUUCUAGAAAGAAGCAAAAGCAUGCUCCCGGGUAGAAAAAAUCUAUUGGUAUUGAUUUCGGAUAAGUGACAUAUCGAAAGAGGCAGAAGGUGAGACCAUUGAAUGUUCUUGACUGCCUGUGACCCAUGUGAGAUGUGUGAAGCAGACGAUCCUUGAGGGCCUGAGAACAAGGUGUACUGAGAAAGUUUAGAUGAGCUCAUGCGAAAUGUAGUACGAUCGAGUUUAGAGUAUUGAAUGCUGGAGUUCUCUGUCUAUGAAGCUUCAUUGUUGCUUAAAAGCUGUCAUCCAUGGCAUCAUGACCUAGUUUUCUGCUCUCUCAUCUUGAUAUUCUGCAGAAGAUGGAUCUAUCUUUAUCCUUCUGGAUGGACUUCCUAGGUUUUCGGUUCUUUGGUCAUUUUGAGUACUGGUGGUACUGGACCACGAAAUUAUCUAUUUUAAAGUUUCCAAAAGCACACAAUUCUAUCUUUUAUAGUUUAAAAUGUUUGUUGGAUGUGUCAGUCGGAUUAUUAUUACAUUGUGAACAUCGACCAGUAAGUUUGAUGGUUCCCAGUAUCUUAAUGGAAAACUAUGCUAUGGAUUCCAUGUGGAUGUUACUUGGAGUAAGAAAAAGGAGAAAAUAGAAGGGUUUUACAAGGGUCUCUCCUUUUCUUGCUGCAAGGGAUGAGACCCAAUCGAAUUUCUUUUUAACCCAUAGAAUUUCUAAAUUUCUUCCUUUCUUUCAACCUUCGAACUCAUGGCUUCCCUGUGGCUAUGGCUAGGCCCAUGUACGCGGUCAUCUAGUGAGGAAGCAUAAUGCAAACGACAUCCUCUGGUCAGUGGGAAUCGUGGAGAAAAUAAUACUAAGAUGGAGGCGAAAAGGAAGCGGCCUGAGAGGGUUCCGCUCGCAAGGAUUGCCUGAUGGCCCCGGCACACAUGAUCGAACAACCCAGCAGGAUGACCACGAUUUCCUGAAAGAAGGCAGAAGACAGACCGAAGCUAGGCUGGAGAAAGCCCUUGCCAGGGUGAAGUCCAUGGUUCAGUACCCCGACGCAAGAGAUCAAUACCAAAGGCUGCUGACCGUCGCUGAAGAGUUUCAAGAGUCUAAGGUAAAGCCAGUUCAUUGUCGCCCAAUUUUUCCACUUUUUUUCUAUCUUUAUAUGCAUGAAUUAAAAGCUACCGCAUCAAGGUCUGAGUCACAAUAUUGGCUAGGCUCUGUAUAAUACCCCCUCAUCAGUUGGAGGGGGGGGGGAAGCUACCUUCUCCGCUCAUAGUCAGUUUUGAUUUGAAUGGCCCAAUGAUCUCACAUAGUCCAGGAGGCCCAGAUUUUGUAAAGAGUACCACAUUGGUAGGGAGGGAGAAAAACAAAUCCACAACUGAUGGCAUCGUUCAAUCAAUUAAUUCUGAGUUCACCCUGCAGUACGUGGCAAUAAUUCAUGAACUGUUAAUGAAUCCUCUGUUUCUUUCCAUUGCAGGCGUUAAUAGAGAAGGUUUUAAAUGAUCCCGGCGAUGGCGAAGGUGACAUGAUGUUUGAUGAGCUUCUCGGGGACGAGAACCUCUCAUGA